CUUUUUGUCCGUGCUCUCCCGUGACGUUUAUCGGACGUAACGCGGAUAAAGGACCAUUAAUUCCCGCGGACUCGGGGGCUGCGCGUUUGGGACAUUCUAAGGACGAUUUAUAACGAUUACCCCUUUAACGGGGCGCCCUCCGCGCACAUUCACGCAGACGCGCUGCUAUAAACCGCCGGCUCCUCGCGCGCAUCAUCGUACGCUCUUUAAAGCCGUAAUGUGUAUCGCAAGUGUGUGUAAGAGUGGCGCCAGAACACACUUUACAUUAGGACUUAGCGCGUCGUGUCGCGCUCUUUAACAAUUCUAAAGGGCCUGUAUGUGUACUGUUUGAAAUUAAGAACGAACGUAUCGAAUAUAAGUGCGCGCGUGUGGUUCGUGUGUGUGUACAUGUGCCAUCGUCACCACCGUCCGCAGCAGUAACGGAAAAGAAGAGGACUCGACCCGCGCAGUGGCCGGAACCGAAAAAUGGACGCGACGCUGCGGCGACUCAUCUCCGGUUUGCUUUUGUUCACCUUCGCCACAUUACACCUCGGUUAUGCCAGAAACUCACCGAAUUAUUAUGGUAAAUACAUCGGUACCUUAAAAACUUACGGGCACGACAUUAAGGGUAAAGUAUACGCCGUGGACGAUGCGACGAUAUUCAUCAAAGGAUUCAGUUAUGACGGUACCGGACCGGACGCUUACUUCUGGGUUGGAAACAGUCUCAUGCCCAGUCCCGAGGGUUAUAUCGUACCCUAUCCUGAAACCGAUAAAGAAAGUGACCCUCAAGUGCUGGGAGCGUACAGCAACAAAGACAUCAUCUUGAGGUUACCCGGAGGGAAACGCAUACGAGACAUCAAAUGGCUGAGCAUCUGGUGCAGGAGAUUUACGGUCAAUUUCGGCGAUGUUUACAUACCGCUAGAUCUGAAAGUGCCAAAAUUGCAAGUGCUCCCCGAGUUCUCGAGAUUAGCGCACGAUCUCCGCAGCGGGAACAUCAGUAUUCUUGACAGCAAAACCAUCUACAUCCCGAAUUUGCAUUACGAUGGCGGCGGCCCGGACGCUUACUUCUGGGUGGGCAACGGUUCGGAACCCAGCCACUUCGGUAUCAAGGUGCCCAACGAGGUUGGCAGUUUGGCGCCAUUAAGAGGGUACCAAGGAGAGGAUAUCGAAAUCGUUCUGCCGGGGAAUUUGACAGUGUAUGAUAUCAACUGGCUUGCAGUGUGGUGCGUUGAAUACAGACACAAUUUCGGCUACGUUUUAAUUCCAAAGGACCUCGACGUACCUCCGGCUCUCGGCCAGACGAAAAUUACGCCGCCAUGGUGGUACAAUCCGACGAGCAGCACACCCACGCCUAAGCAAGUGAGCAAUUGCAAGGAGAUGCUGCAGGGCCGUGUUCAGGUGCAAUGGCAGCUGAUUGGCGAGAACGUGCAGAUUCGUGUUUCCGGACGUAUCAGGGAAGACCAAUACGUGGCGUUCGGAUUGUCGGGUCGGGAGGGCAAGGCUGAGAUGAUCGGCGGCGAUGUCGUCGUGAUCGGCUAUGACAAUAAGACCGGCGAGUUUAUCGCCGAGGAUUACUACAUGUCGGACAUAGCUCAGUGCGACGGCAAGAAGGGCGUGUGCCCAGAUAAGAGGAUCGGCGGUAGAAACGAUGCGGUGCUCGUGAAUGGCGAACGGAAGAACGGCAUAACAACUGUUACGUAUACGCGUCCAUUGAGGACUAACGAGCCGGUGAAGGACAGGAUGAUCCCGGAAGCGGAGACGAGUGUGAUUGCAGCCAUCGGACCUCUGAACUCAAGGGGCGAAGCUAAUGCUCACGAGAGAUUCGAUAAGACCACCGAGGACAUUCGUAUCGAUUUUACGUCGAGGAACGUCCAUGAGUGCACAAAUUCCUUGUACAAUAUUCCAGACGCGCCUGAUCUUAAGCCUUGGACACCAGCCGUCAUCAACGAUAAGGAUAUCUUCAGCGUCAAGAUCGGGCCGACUGGCGCGAAGAGAGGAUACUCGCAAAUAACAGGUACACCCUCUUGGGGCAUCGCAUGGUAUAUCAACGACUUGCUGAUCCCGGAGAUCACCGUGGAGAGGGGUCAGACUUAUACUUUCAUCGUGGAGGGUGGAAACGACUCUGCCAAUCCCGCUAGGUAUCAUCCGUUCUACAUAACCAGCAGUCCGGAGGGUGGCUUCGGGCAGAAGAAUGAAAAGGAACGAAUGGAGCAGAAGGUAUUCGCCGGCGUGAAGUACGACCCCAACGGAUAUCCCUAUCCGACCGCGGCCGGCCGUUACUGCGAAUGGGCGCGCACCUCGGUGGACAGCGCGGACAACUAUGAGACGUUCGACAGCUUUUUCAGAACGCUGGAGCUCAAAUGCGACAAGGGUGAGCCCGCCAAGCUCGUAUGGACCGUCGAGGAGGACACACCGGACUUAAUAUAUUAUCAGUGUUACUCGCACAACUAUUUGGGAUGGAAGAUUAAUGUCGUCGACGCGGGAUACCGGUCGCAGAGGAACGUCAACGGCGUCAGUCAACUUUUGCCUAAGUUCGUGAUUCUCGUGACGUCCAUGGUCGCAGUCUUUUUAUUCUCGAGAUGAAUCGUCGGAUUUUUUUCCUUUCAACGUGGAACAAACAACAGAGGAGAAUGAAGAUGACGACAGAGUACUUGGUCGAUUUAAGAUAUGGUCACAAAAAAAGAAACUAUGACAAUACUAACGCGAUUGUUAAAUCGGCGAAACACGAUACAAGGUUGUAAGAAAGUAUUUAGCACGUAAGCUUUACUCGUAAGGUGAAAGAUUAGCAAAAUAUUUUUAAGACCUAUCAGAUUCAAUAUUUCAUAUUAUAUAAUAUAUAUAUAUAUAUAUAUAUAUAUAUAUAUAUAUAUAUA